AUGACGGCGCGUACAAUUCCCAGCGCCCUGGACCCCCUCAGCUCCUCCAUGUUGAACAAACUCCACGAAGCCCAACCGCCCACCAAGAAGCGCAAGAUCGGACGUGAGAGUAGCUUUGUACAAUGCUCAACAACCUCCAUCGUCAUAAAGGCCCCGAUUACCGCGUUGUCCAAUGAACCCCUCGUCCUCAACCCAAUCACUACUCUCCCGCGCUCCCGGCUACCCCUAUCAUGGAUCGAAGACGCGUCUUGGUCGCACUCUGACGCCCAGCCCGGCGGCAUGUUCGCAGCAGACAUACCCGCUCUCGAAACGGACUUAAGCGCAUGUACGGAGCCUACGGUUCUCGCCGUCCGACUGGCCCCUGACCGCGGGCUGUAUGUCGUUGAGCGAGUGAAACGAGGCAUCUACUCGUUGAGCCGACUUGCACGAUGGGUCCACGAAGGCGAAAUCGCUGUUGCCGUGAAGGGAUGGCAGAGCACCCAAGUCGGGGAAAUGAAGCCCAAAUGCGAAGACAAGGCCGGCCUAGAGGCCGAAAGCUCGAAUUGGUGGCAGGCUGCGCAGAUUCCGGAGCCGCCUUCUGAUCUGGGCCCGGGCGAUGAGCUUGCGGGGCUGCAGGUAGCGGUGGUCUUUGAAGAUGCGGUUGUCGAGGCAGGAAGUCAUGGGCCUUCCUUUGUCGACGUACUCGAGCAUCGUAGCCAGUCGCUUGUUCCUGCUGCUAGGAGGCCAAGUGGUGGAAGCUUGCGCAUUGAUUCGCAGGCUUCUUUUAUUGCUGAUGCUAUGGAUGUUGAUCAAACGGCGGAGUCUCAGGAACUAGAGGUCAAGCAAACACCUGAAGAGUUGUUGGACGGAAUGAGAGAUAAUUAUCUCGAGGCUCUUUACGUGUCGAAGACAUCCGUUGCCUAUUUUGCAAAAGGCCCGCUUACACGUUGCCGUAACGCAUUCCAAUCGGGCGACGAAAAGUCACAUUCGCCUGCUGCACUUAUUGAUUAUUACCGUGAGGCCAUUCUAGCGGCGAAGAAGAUGGACACGAAAUACCGAGAGACUCUUCCCGUUCUCGUGCGCGAUGCUAUGCUCGCUGUAUCCGACGAUGAAGCUGCACCUGCAGUUAAAAAGCGCAAGAGUAAGAAGAAGAAGCUGGGAAGAAAUGGAAUGUACCCAGAGGAAGAUGGUUUUGUGCACAGGUGGUGGAAAGCCCGUGCUAUGACAGAACUCUCCCCGGCGGAUUCGUCCCGGGAAGCAGAAAGCAAGAAGCACAUAUCGGAUCUUCGACUUCGUGAAACCCAGCUGCAAAUUCUUUUGAUCCUUGAGGUCAUUGCUUUGGAGAUGAGCACCAAAACGGAUAAGAAGACUACUUCAGAGGAGAACGGAGAUGAGAAGGAAGAGCCGCCAAAGUCAAAGACAAAAAAGCCGCAAGAUCUCGAUGUGCUUCUCGAGUUACAUCUAGAUCGCAUGUGUAUUUGGCAUGCUGUUAGCUCUGAGGAUACGUCUGCCGCCGACAGCGCCAAGUCUUCGCUCUUCAAAGAAGAUCAUAUGUCUGGAAAGAAGGCUGAAAGUGACGGCGUACGCGACUUCUGCACCGAAGUCAUUGUUCCAUUCUACGCUGCGCGGCUGCCUGAAAAGUGCAAGCUCAUCACUCGCAAAUUUGGUGUUACCAGUGGCGUGUCACCUGGCAAAAAGUCCUCCAGCAAGAGAGAAAGGCUCGAGCCGGGGUCCGAGGUCGUCCGGAAACCACCGCAGAAAGAUCACAAGCGGUCAUUACACCGAGUUAGUACCGAGCAGAGGACAGCGACGACGACGACUCAGAAGGGACCACCAAGUCUCACGCGCUCUAAUACAGCGCCCACUAAAGUGGGAGCAAAACGUGAUUUGCAUAAUAGGCUGAUGGAGCCUACGCUACCCACCAUUGGUAAUAGUGUACGGGGUGGAAUCCAGCAAAGCAGACGUAUGGAGCCCCGCGAGAUUGACCUAGGUGGUUCAAGACAAACCGAUAGCAAGAGCCGAAGAGCUCAGAUUCUGGCCGAACAGAAGAAGGAGCUUGAUGCAGCUAUCUUGGCCCUGCGUAAGCCCAAUAGAGAGCUUGUUGCGAAGGAUAUUGCCAACGAUGCUACUAAACGUGCGUCUACUGGAGGAGGCAGCUCUCGAAAGCCGAAGAACCCAGUUCGCAACCCUCUUGGCCAGGGUGUUCAAGUCAUGGCAACACCACGAGGUAAUCGCAAAAAGGAUGCCGCUGUCGGAAUGCCCCCCCCUGCCCAGAACUCUUUCAUGGUCCUAUCUUCGGGGCGACGUGCCAUUUCAUUCUCGGGCCCCGAUUCAGACCCUUUCAAAUCUCGCAGCGUCCAAGCAUCAGGACAGAACAAACGAAAGGCCCCGUCAACAGACCAAGGCUCUAUACAAGAGACUCCAACUCGGCCUCCCUCAAGGCUUUUCUAUGACCCAAGCAAGCCCUCAUCAUCUAUAAACAAAGGGGCUAACUUGUUCCGAGUUCCUAAGCUCCCUGAAUCUCGCAAUUCCACAGAAGCAUCUGACCCGUCGAUGGUACCCACAACCCCGGUUUCAUCCCGCCAAAAGGACAUAUUCACCUCCAGCCCUGAAGCAUCACGGCCGUUGUCCCUUUUUUUCGGCGGAGCAGUCUCUUCUUCGAUCAUGGAGACACCACCACAACCAAAACGCAGCUUUGACGAAAUGUCUGCUCCACGAUCUGUACCAGUGGUCAACAGUGACACGACCACAACCACAACCACAACCAUCCCAGCCCGCGAGCCAACCCCGCCAGCGAUUUUGGGGACUCCCCUGAAAGAUUCCGUCAUGGUACCAGUGACCCCCGACAAAUCUCAAUCAAAAUCCAUCUACGAACAGCUGGGCUGGGACGAUGACGAUAUGGAACUCUAA